UGGUCGGUGUGGCCAGUCACCAUGUCGAGUGUGGAGUGGAGGGAGUGCCCGGACUGGCUCGCGAGGAUUGGGCUUAUAAGUCGUGAUCAUGUACUCACAUCACCUAAUGCCACACUCAUAGACUUCUGUAGGUUCCUCAGGGAUGGUGUCAUGGUAUGCAAAUUACUGUACAUCCUGGACGAGGACAGUAUAGACCUGAGGAGUAUUAACCAGCGGCCGCAGAAUGCACGGUUUUUGUGUAUGAAGAACAUCGGCAUCUUCCUACAAACGUGUGAAAAGAUGUUUGACCUUGACAAAGAUGACCUCUUUGAACCGGAAAUGCUUUUUGAAUUUUUGGAUUUUGGAAGGGUUAUUGCAACAUUAUCCAAACUCAGCAAAUCACAACAAGCACAGUAUUGGCAAGUUAAGGGCUUUCCUGAGGACCGAGGGGAAGAUAAGUAUGACAAUAAGAUCUAUGAAACCCUCUCAACAGACAUGGUCAAUGGACCAGCAGGUGACCUCAUGAACAGCAACAUAAGGACAUUUGAAGAGGAAAACGACUUCGCUUUUAAAGAUGAGAAAAUAUACGCAGAUCUCAAACUAUGCCACACGCACCCACGCCAGUUGUUGGAGGAAGACGACGAAAGCAUGCAUAUAUAUGACGAACCGUCCAACUUCAAGGAGGAUAUACCCAAAGAAAAGCGAGAUCUCUGUCUUCAGGAGCUGGUAGAAACCGAGAACAAUUACGUUGACGCGUUACACAUGCUUUGUAAUAAAUUCCACAAACCGUUAAAAAAAUUGAUAAGUGAAGAACAACUACAAAAAGUAUUCUGCAAAAUCCCGGAGUUGGCCAAAAUCCACAGCACACUACAUGGAGGUCUCAAAGAAGCACAGAAUAACUCCCACAACAGAACAGUCUCCAAAGUGUUCCUGGACAACCAAGAGAAUCUUCUUUUAUAUGGAGAUUAUUGUGCUAACCUUACAACUGCUCAACAAGAACUAGAAGACGUUAUGAAUAACAAUGAAACGGUUAAAAACGUAAUUCAGGAAUGUCAAAGAGAAGUAAGCGAUGGGAGACAUCAACUGCGGGAAUACCUGGUGGUGCCAUUACAACGCAUACUCAAGUAUCAUCUCUUACUACAGGAGCUUGUGCGUCACACUCAGCCCAACCACGCAGACCUGCACAACCUAAAGAAAGCUUACGAGGCAAUGAUGGACCUGGCUGAGUAUAUCAACGAAGUGAAAAGAGACAAAGAAAUGCAACAAAUAAUAAAUGACCUCCAGAUGAGUAUAAUGGACAUGCCAAGUGAAAUCAGCAAUUUGGAAGACCUCGGAAAACUCAGAUACGACGGAGAAACUAGGAUUGAAUGUCACCCAGAUACAACGAAAAAGAGAUAUGUAUUUGUGUUCGACAAAGUUGUGGUGAUCUGCGGCAGACAAACAAGGAGAUUAUCCGAGCUGUUCAUAGGUGCUAAUUCGAAUAGAUGGUCUUUGGGGGAGGUGCCAAUAGAGGACGAAAAAUAUGUCUUCAAAGACUGGGUGAAGCUGGAGAACUGUAAGGUGGAGGACACAGUGGGUGGAGCUCACGGUGGCAGUACAAAGGUUAAGCAAAAUAGUUUUUACCUGGUCGUCAAGGGCAACAAGAAGGCCUACACCUUCCUAGCCAAGGACAGUGAUGCCAAACAGAAGUGGAUGAAGAACAUAAGUGAGGCAAUAGAAUAUUUAAAUCCUCAUGUGAAUCAGGAACUGGGCCAUGAAUUCGCCAUCACCACCUUUACCAAGCCAAGCACUAAAUGUGAUAUGUGUGUUAAAUUGCUCAAAGGAUGCAUGUUUCAGGGAUACCAGUGUGCAAGAUGCAGGAUGGUGGUCCACAAGUCUUGCAUGAGUAAUGUGAAUAUGUGCCAUGGGUGUGUUCCACAAUUGCCCUUACAACAACAGGGCCAUCAGCCUCCUUCUUUGUCAAACCCCAUCGGUGCUCACGGGUCUAUAAGGUACCCUGGCUAUGGUAACCUUCAAGUGCAAGAGUACCCCUGGUGGGCCGAGAGAAUGAGCCGAGACGAUGCCACGAUCCACCUGGGACUAUCUACAAACGGAACGUUCCUCAUCCGCUGGUCUGACCGUCACGAAAAGCUCAUCUUGUCACUCAAGGCGAUGGGCGAGGUGAAACACAUGAGAAUUUUACGACAGGAAGAAGGUGGCUACUUCUACUUGAGUGAGGCUCGUUACUUCAAGGACAUCAUGGAACUCAUAAACUUCUACAGACAGUCACCACUCUCAGAAAGCUUCACUGGGUUGGAUUGCUGUUUGCGCCGCCCUCUGUAUGACUCUGCUGUAGUGAAGUUUCCAUAUGUGGGAACUGGUGCCAGUCAUCUCAGUUUGGUGCCCGGCCAGAAAAUCGUGAUCAUGAGCAGGGAAGGAGAGAACCGAGGCUGGUGGAAAGGACGAUCAGGCAACAGGAUGGGCUACUUCCCCAAGGAAUACGUCACUUUAGAACACAACAGCAUGCAUCCCUGGUGAGAUGGUAAAAGAUAUUUUGCACUUGAGACAAAGGAGGUGUUAAUUAUUAUGUAUAGUUGCCCCUGAGCUAAGUACAGUACAGUAUAGUAUAGUAUUACCAUGAUCUGAUGAUGAAGGUAAUAGUGACAGUGCUCAUCCUGUGUUUGUCACAAGGAAGUAUUUUCUGAGAUGUUGAAAUUGAAAUUAUUUUUCACACUUAUUACUUAACACCAACGUAGCACCACAUGUUGCCCAACUUUAGAUUCUAACAGAACUGUCUGUCAGAUUGUUCUUUUAUUACCUCAUUUUCUUGCUUUUUUAUAUAAUACUCUGCAUUUAUUUCUUGCAUCAAAGUUCAUUUUGUGCUGUAUUGUCACCAGUCUAGUGUAUCAAGUGUCAUCCACAUUUCAUCAAAGCUUUUCCUCCUCAAGUCUUUAUAAAUAAUCUAUUAUAUUAUUUUCUUCAGUUAUUAUUUCACUGUUAGGAAUCGAUGCAAAGAUUACUUGGUGAUUCUCCCCCCAAAAUAAUAAUACCUCAACUCUGUUUUAAUGUAUAUUACCAGAUCACUAAUUUGCAACCAAGUACAGUACCAACAUCCAGGUGAUUUCUUAUGAAAAAAUAUAAAAAUAAAUAGCUAAACAAAUGUUCAUCAGAGCACAAAUCCCCUUCCAGUGUGACUGGCAUGCCUGGCCCACAACUUUGACAUAAGCUUGACAAGUCAGAUUUGUCUCUUGUUUUUGUUUGUUGAGUUAUUUUAUUCACACAUGACAUUCACAGAGUGAAAUCAAUAAUCCAUGGACUACUUGGGUUAUGAAGAAUAAAUUAACUGUCAUGAUGGGGUAGCCAUUGUAGAGAAUGUUUAUUUUUAUUGCCAUGAAUAAAGAAAGGUUCAGGGAGAUACUCUCUGUUGACAUAUGGUUUUUGCACUGACCAAAGUUGAAUUGGGAACAUUAAAACAAAACCAUUCACAAGUUUUUUAUACAAAGUUGAUGAGCCCAAGUGAUUUUGGUCUCAGUCAUUCCACAGAAGGCUCCACUUUUCUUAUUAAGGGAUUGUACUGUACUCUGUGUUCAUUAUACAGUACACAUUACCCAGUUAAUGUAUGUGUCAGUCUACUAUUUUAAAGCAAACUAAACAUGAUAAAGCAUUUAUAGUUGUAGAAUUUAAACGCCUCUCACACUCAGCUAUCUGUCUGUUUGUAUAUUAUUUUAAAGCAGUCAUAUGAACCACCUAAAGCAUUCUGGUUCUUGACCUGCACACAGCCAUGCAACAAAAGUUGUGUUGCCAUGGCUAAAACACUUAUUGGGGAAUUUUAAAUAUGGUUUGGCUAUCAGACAAAUAGUGUUCACUAGUCUGCAACAAGAAAUAAGAGAAGUGUAAAUAAACAGGGACGAGUGAUGCAACAGGAAAAAAACGAGAUGUGUGAAGUAGGAAUAGAUAGACAAACAUAAAAAGGAAAAUACUAAAAUAUAAUCAUAAAACAAGAAAGGAUUGAAUAAGGGUUGACAAUUUGUGCCAGAGCAAAUUGACUGCAUUAUGAAAUAGACCAAAGAAAAGAACCACUUGUUGGAGGAUGACCACUUCCCAUUGGUAGUUUGUGUGUGUGGGUGGGUUGAUCUAGUCAGCCCUUCCUUCAUCACUUUAUGUUAUCUUUUUCUGCAUUUCAUUCUCAGGCUUUGUGCACCAUGACCUUAGGGAGACACAGGAAAGGUUUGACUUAUUUCUUGACCUUGUCUCUUAGACGUGUGAGUAAGAGUGUGACGUAGGUGCAUGUUUGUUACAAGGGAUACUUACACCAAGAUCAUAAACUGGAGGGGUAAUCAUGUGCCAAAACUUUUGCUUAUACAUAUACUGUAUGUAGACUAAGAUUAUAUGUAGUAGUAAUAUAUAGGAAGUAAACUGUUGAUAGUGUAUUAUGUGAAGCCUUUUGUUGCUACAGGUGUAUUGUCCUACUGUAUUUCAUAAAUAUUGUAUUCUAUUUUCCAUAGUGCCCACUCACUGAUUAUAUUUUUCAUCAUAUGAUUAUAAGUGUUCUUGAGUGAAUAAUUUUUGCUAUCUUAUGCUGAGAGAAUCUCAUUUUGGUCUUAAUAUUAACUUUAAGAGUUACAUGUACUUGGUAUUAUACAAAUCUUAUGUACAGUUUUCCUUCCCUCAUGUACACAUACUCUAAAACUGUUAUUAACUGAUACACUUAACAACACGGUGUAGUAAUAACGCUCUCUGGCAUUAUAUACAACAUUUGAAUAUAUAUUGCUGUUACUAGUAUGAUCUACACAUCAGUUGAAGUAAAUUAUCACCACAUAAAGCACAUUGUUAAAGGUAGUACAGUACCACCCAAUGGUUAGUUUAUGACAAUUUGGGAUCCUUAUUAGUAGCUAACUGGCAUAAAAAAUUUGUUGCAAUGCUGUCUCAGGUCAUUGAUAAUUUUUUACUCUCAAAUUGUCUAAUAAUUGGAAAGUCUGCAAGUAAUGUAGUACUUUUUACCCUCACUACCCACAGCUGCGGAUGGGUACUGUAUUGUUUUGGAUUUUGUCAGUCUGUCCGUGUCUCCAGAAUAACUCGAGAAUGGGUUUGCAGAUGAUAAACUGUCAAUGCUAAGCAUGAAAAUAUUUAACAGGUGUUGCCACGUUAACCGUUCAUACAAUGAUAACACAAACGGUUUACGGGCGUUAAAAAAAAAUGAGCACACGAGACGGACAGUGUGUAGCGGUGAGCACUGUACAUUAACUUACAGCAAUAGUGUCACCCUGCCAUGGUAACACUUACCAAUUAUCAAAUAAAAUUGUGCAAUAAAUAUAGAUAACAUUAUACUGUUGGAUCAGUAGUAAGUACUGUGCCAGGUAUUGCAAGUUAGAUGUGUUAGCUAGUUGGUACAUUAUCAGGGAAUUCUAACCACUCUCAACUAUAUUACAAAUGUAAAUUUUUUGGCACCUCACUGUUACUUGGAGUUCAUUUCUUAUACAAAUAACAAAGCAGCCCAUUAACAGGAAAGACAAUAGCAGUAAUAUAAAUGCUUAAGUGUAGUAUAGCACUGUAUGAAAUGUGUGUGUUCAUCUGGUCCAGAGUUCAUGUUCACAAAGAUUUGUAUGUUGAAUUAUUUUCCCACUGUUAGGUUAUGAGACUGCAUUUAACUAUCCCAUGUGAGCUGUAACAUGAAAAUGGCAAACAAUGGAUAUUAAUAUUACACCAAGACACUACUUUAACCAAACGUUCGUUUGUCCACAAUUAUGAGGAAAAAAUUACAGUAUGUACAAAUUUUUAAGAAUUCAGGUACUGAUGAACAAUAGGAAGUUAUUCUUUUAUCUUUGCUCUUAAUGUAUUAUGUUGUCAUUGUUUUUAUAAUGGGAAUGGUGCUUCAGGUUACUAUCUUACACUGAAUGUUUGAUAUUGUCAGUACAUUAGUGGUGCCACACUCAUGAAGAUGGAAUCUGCCUAUGAGAGUGGAGUCUCUUUAAAUUACCAUAGUGGACUGUAUACAAUAACUUUAGGUUACUUCAAGCAAUAGUAGCAUCGACCAGGGUGAAUCAGACCGGCAAAUGACUGAGGUUUUAAUAACUCCCUUAUUUAUUUUUUUUUUUUUUGAAUGAAAUUUUUUUGGUAUAAUUACAUAAAGCAUUUAAAUACAGUUUUUGUUUGUUUUAACAGCUAUUGUAGUCACUUGCUAAAGUAUAAUGGGAGUUAUGUGGUCUGAUUCACCUGCAGUUAUGGGGCAAAAGUGGACCAGUGACACAAUUCCUUAAAAUUUUUAUUUAUUUGUGCAGUUUCUUGUAUAAUAUCUUGCAAAACAUCUUUCUUCUCUAUUUACACAACUCAAUUUUUUGUUUAAAUUUCUUUAUUUAUUAUAUUCCACAAGUCUGUGCAUUUUCACGAGUGUUCCCAAAUUACUGUGUUUAUCGAUUGUCCGUACUUGUUUGAGAAAAAACUCAUUACAAUACUCCAAUGUGAACGUACGUGUGGAGGCAAUGAGCUAUAAUUAAAUAGCUAGCUACCAGCUAGCCACGCUCGCUUCCUCGAUGAUACGUAACUGCAUACACACACACACACACUUCUUUGAUCAGCUAUGUAACUGCCUGGCUGAAUUGUGUCACAUUGCCCAGAGGAUGGUUUGAGUGUGGAAGGAGCAAAUUUUUGUAUUGUGCAUAAAACAGUACAGUAUGUGCUAUUUAUUUUAUAAUACGCUGUGAAGUAAUUAUAUUGUUUAUCUAAGCAAUUUUUAUUCAUUUUAGAUGAAAUUUGGAUUUUUUCAAAUUAGGCAUGAUCCACAUUCACCCGGUGACUAAAUUCUUCAAGGUGAAUGUGGACCGAAUUUUGAUCCAUCAUAAUUAUGUAAAAAAUUAAGGUUCUUUCUUUGGCACAUUUUUCCAAUCUAAGAGUACAGUAUUGUAUCCGAAUUUAACCUUUAUAAGACAAAUAGUAUUUUCAAAAGUGAAAUUCCCAGGCAAUUCGUCUUCUCUGCUUUAGAAUAUAGUCACAUUUCCUUCAUAAUUACUCUUGAGGUGACAAAACAGUUUCUCUGCAAGCUGAAAACAGCUAAAAAAAAAUUAUUUGUUUUGUGAUUUCACCAAGCAUGGUCUAUUAGCCCCAGUGGUCCUCUUUGCCCCAGUCAACGCUAUAGUAUUUUUAAUUAGAAACAAAGUUAUCAUAUUAGUAUACAGCAUAAUGUGUAAAGUUGGUUAUAGUUUAAAUAAGCAUUUAGACCAAUUGGGUUUGAACUGGUUGAAAGUUACUAUGAGAACACACUGUUUAUGGGCAGGUCUCAUUCUGGCACACAAGAAAUCUUUUCCUGGAAGCACUGUGGCCACUACGCUGUCUGUGUAUGGUAUCUGGAUCUUAGAAUGAAGUAGGAAUUUUCAGUGUUGGUUAGUCUGUUACAUAGACAAGGCUGAUGCAGUUGGAUAUACUGUACUGAUUGUUGUUUUUCCCUCAUACCCAAAUAGCUAGAACUGGGAGUUAUAAUAAAAGAUCCUUAUUAGUUUAGUUUGCUAUUUCUUGUGAUUAAUGGCAGUGCUAAUGUACAUGACAAGAUUAUUUCCAUGUAUUAAACAAUAUCCUUAGGUACUUUAUUCCAGUAUCCAUUAUAAGUAUUUAUGAAUUAUUUCUAGAUGAAAUAUAAUCUCUUUUAUGAAUUAUGUUAUAAAACCCGGUUAAUGUUAGAAUAAGAAAGCAAACCCCUGUGAUUCAGUUAUUCUCAGUAAAUGAAUGUAAUGAUAAAUCUUGUGGUUUUGUUGCUGGUAACUUCAUGGUGAUUCUCAUUUAGUGUACAGAUUAUGGCUGAAAGGUAAGGCUGGCUUUAUGUGUUUCCUCAUUACUAUAUCACUUCUGCCAUGUGUUGAGAACAUGAAAAACAGAUUUGUUUUUCAUUUAGCUGUCUUUAGAUAGAGCCUCAUGAACUCUUACACAUAUUGUACUCAUAUUAGCUAUGAUAUUUGAAAUACAAUAGAACCAUGAUUAUCUCCCCAUAUUGGAAUAUUAUAAUACAAUGUGAUAAGUUGUAUCAGCUCAGGCUGGUAAAAAAAAGGCAAUCUUAAAGCUGUUUGACAUGGCUAAAAAAAAAAUAAACUUGGUCUCUGCAGUCUGCCCAACCUUUCAGAUAUUGUACAAGCACAUUUUGUAAGCAGUCACAUGUAAGAUUGAAACAGUUUAGUAAACUUUGCUGGUUAUACACCAUUUAUGUACAUGAAUCUUUGCCUCCCCCGUUUUAUUGACAUCCAAAGUAUUGUAAAACCAAAAGCUGGUGAUGCAGGACUAAGAGGAGAGUAUAACAUCGAAGUGUUGGCUUGCAUGAAGGGGAGGCCUAUAGGAAGACUCCUUAUUUUCAGUAAUGUGUAUUUGCUAUCCAACUGCCCUCCAUCAUGUGGCUUGAAAGUAUAUAAAAUAAAAAAACAGGCGAUGCAGACUUUCUUGAAAGUGCUUGCACUUUUUAAAUGCAUAUGAUUAGUUUUAGUGUUUGUUUGUUUUUAAAUGUCAACAUAAACAUGAGCCCCGUCUAAGUAUAUAAAUGCUCAUUAGGAAUAUAGGACCAUGAAGGGGGGGACAAGUUGGGAAAAAUGCGUUGCUUUUUCUUGUAAUGUCAUACUAUCAUUGUAAGACCUUUUGCUUCAUUCAAAAUGGCAGUUUCUCAGAUAUGCUCCUUGUGGAGAUUAGGUCUUUGCCAGUCAGGGUGAUUGACAAUAAUAACUGUAAUAGAUCACAAUUUUUGGUCUUUGCACAAGUUCAGAAGCACUCAUUUAUUGAUAAUGUCAGCCUGUGGUAGUAGUCAAUGUGUUUUUCAUAAUACUGUAAUAGGGUAAUUUAUGAGAGGAUUUUUUUAUUAAGGUUAUGAUGGUGCUCAAUUAGAAAUGAAUAGGCUUAUAUUAUCAAUUUUAUGAUUCAGAUUUUUCUUGAAUUUCCAUAUUGUAUAUUAGCUCAGGCAUACACAUGUAUGUAUAGUCAUUUAACGUGAGGGAAUUUUUUAAUACUGUACAGGUACAGUAUUUCUGUUUCUUCUAAGAGUUGUCUGUUUCUUCACCUCUAACAAGAUUGUCUUUUUUUUUCCUUGGAAAUUUAAGGAGUAACUGAGAAGCAGUUAUUGGAGUUGAUUGUAAUAUUUUCUUGCUAUGUAUUAAGGAUGUUAGUAGGAUAACAAGUCCUUGGGUUCAGGGGAUCUGAUUGUGUUAUUUCAGUGAAAAUGAAAUAAUGGAAAAAUUACUAAACUUAUAUAUGUAAUACGUAUUUAAAUGAGACAAGUUAACUUUAUUGUUUUUCUUCAACAAUUACUAAGUUUGUCACUUUUCCCUAAAAAAUUUUGAUCUCUGCAUCAAAGGGAAUUUGGACAAGCAAAUAAUGGACGUCCUUGAUAUGUAACGGCAGACUAAUGUACUGAAUAUCAGUGUUAGUUGAGUGGUGUAUAGUGUCAUGUGAACUAAGUUAAAUUAUAGGCCAAUAGGAGAGUAUAUAGUACAGUAAAAAGUUAUGUAGCUAAUUCAUAUGGAAAAUUGCUUCUGCUUAUGAGAUUGUAAUUAGAGAGAGUAAAGCAGGAUCAUUGUAGCAGGACCAUGCACACAGUGUUGCAGGACCAUGCACACAGUGUUGCAGGACCAUGCAUACAGUGUUGAAUAUUUACAGUGAUCAGUUAAUGUUGUAUUGUAACACCCUUUUCUGUGUUUACUUUCUUGUUAUUAAAGAAAACAGAUUAAACUCAUUAAAGAGUUCAUGAUGAUCACUGUGUGAGCAUGAACCUUUAACAGUGACUUAGUUAAUAACAACACUGUUGAUUGAACCAUAUUAUUGAACAGUACUUUAUUUGAUUAAUUCUCCAACAGCCAAAUUUACUUCAUUACAUGUCAUUAUAAUGUCAAGUGAUGGUUGUUGUUGGGGUGUCAACCAAUAAAAGUAAGCUUUUGAUUAUAUAGUUGUGUCACUGUAGUUCAUAACCUAGCCAUUAAAUUUGAUGAAAUAGAUUCUUGUAUUAGAGGCACAAAGUGAGAAACUAUUUCUCACUGUGUAAAACAGUCCAUUGAAAAGCUCUUAAGGUUAUAGUCAAUGCAUAUCCACUUAGCUGCAGAUUCUUGGAAUGAUUUUUGAGGUAAGCGGAAAAUACUUGGCUUUUAAAGUUAAGUGGGGUGUUUGUUAACUUGUGACUGAUUAUGUGAAUACCGUUUAAGGUAUUAUGUAUUCGUAAUAGUAUUGCCUAAUAGGUGUAAUUGAUCUUAUGACUUGAAUUGUGAGACAUUGAAUAAUUUCCACACUAUCUGCAGUAAGGUGUUCAAGUUGCAUAUUUAUUAUAGUCAUGUGUGAGUCAUUUUUAAUCAGAUUUAAGAUAUAUAAAGAUAUGGUUUUAUGAGACAUGAUUUGUCUUAUCUGUGAAGCUUCUAUCUUGUGAACCUGACUUUUGUUUGUGGUCAUCUCAGGGGUUCAAAGUUAGCAUAAUUCUGCUUCUGUUAUCUGCCAGUGAACAUGUUUAUAAUAUGAAUGUGUACCUAAAAUUCAGUGCCAUGACAAUGUUGAUACCCUAUUAUUGAUUUUUAGACACACACACCAUACCAUAAAUCACUCCUGUUUAUAAAACCUAAACCUUACAAAAUAAAGAUAUACUGUGUACGGUAUAUAAAGUCACUUAAUUUUAAGAGAAAAGAAGAAAUAGAAUGACAAAAUACAAUAAAUGGAAGUAAAAAAUAGGUCAUCGUGUGAAUAAAAUCCUGUAAAUUUAAAGUUUAACCUUGUUCGUAACGGUGGGCAUUCAUAUACACAGUAUUGUACUACUUUUGAACCCCUGGUGACCCUGUAAAUAUGUGACAAAAUAAUGCAUUUUUCCUCCCAAAUUAAAACCUAUUUAGCUAU